AUGCUGCCGCCGCCGCCGCCGCGGGACGGGUUCGGGUCCAGGUGCGGCGAGGCGGGAGCGGGGACCUGGGCGGCCCGGGGCCAGGCGGCUGCCCGCCAUGUCCAGAAAGAAGACCCCCAAGAGCAAGGGGGCUGGCACUCCCGCCGCCUCCGCGCUGCCCGCGGCCAACGGGCCCCGGGCGGCACCCCCCGGGACAGGGCGCGCGGGCCCCCAGGGGCCGUCCGGAGGCCCCCCGCAGCCCGGCCGGCCCUCGCUGGGCGGCGCCGGCGACUUCUACGACGUCGCCUUCAAGGUGAUGCUGGUGGGGGACUCAGGUGUGGGGAAGACGUGUCUGUUGGUGCGCUUCAAGGACCGUGCGUUCCUGGCUGGGACCUUCAUCUCCACUGUGGGCAUUGACUUCCGGAACAAAGUUCUGGAUGUGGACGGCAUGAAGGUGAAGCUGCAGAUCUGGGACACAGCGGGCCAGGAGCGCUUUCGCAGCGUCACACAUGCCUACUACCGUGAUGCCCACGCCCUUCUGCUGCUCUAUGACGUCACCAACAAGGCCUCCUUCGACAACAUCCAGGCCUGGCUGGCGGAGAUUCAGGAGUACGCCCAGCACAACGCAGUCAUCAUGCUUCUGGGGAACAAGGUGGACUCUGUUCAGGAGCACGUGGUCAGGAGGGAGGAUGGGGAGAAGCUGGCCAAGGAGUACGGGCUGCCCUUCAUGGAGACCAGCGCCAAGUCGGGCCUCAACGUGGACCUGGCCUUUAUGGCCAUCGCCAAGGAGCUGAAGCAGCGCUCCACGAAGACCCCCAACGAGCCCCGCUUCCGGCUGCAUGACUACGUCAAGAGGGAGGGCAGGGGGACGCUGUGCUGCAGACCCUGAGUCCCUACCCAGGCCGCUGCUGCCUCGUGG